AUGGGACAAACUCAACAUAUUGAGAAAGCCGAACAUGCAGAGAUUGACGUCAUUACACUUCAGAACAUGUAUAAAAAGUUUGUGACUGAGUGCCCUAGCGGCCUUUUGUUUUUGCAUGAAUUUAAGAAGUUUUUCGGAGUUGGACCCUCUGGGGAAGCAUCGGAGUACGCGGAGAAUAUGUUUCGCGCCUUUGACAAGAAUGGGGACAACACUAUUGACUUCUUGGAGUUUGUCGCCGCUCUGAAUUUGGUGUUCAGGGGAGAUUUAGAGCACAAACUGAGAUGGUCGUUCAAAGUGUAUGACAAGGAUGGCAACGGAUUUAUAGACAAAGCUGAACUCAAAGCGAUUGUUGAAAUCAUAUAUCAUGUGAGGAAAGUAGGCAAGAAAGAUCCAGAGGUGUCCCCUGAUGAAAUCUGUGAAAGAAUCUUCAAAGCUGUAGAUGUGGAUGGAGAUGGUCAGAUUACGCUGGAGGAGUUUUUAGCAGGAGCUCAAAAAGAUCCAUGGAUUCUUAACAUGUUGCGUUUGGACACGAAUCCCUAUAGUUGGGUGGCGGAGCAGAGGAGGAAAAGUGCACAUUUCUGA